GAUAUUAAUGAGCCUGUUGUUGUGCUCUUGUCGUCUUGUCGAGUCUCCUCAUUGAUGGGUCUGCAGCGUGUAAGACUUCUAGUCGUCAUUCCACGCACAUACCAUCAUCGCCCAUCGACGCCAGCCCCACAAGCAGUGAGUUUUUGUUAGACAUGAAACGCUGUGUUCGGGCCGACGAGGAUCCGAGCAAGUCGGUAAAGAUUAUUAGUGGAACAAGAGAUGAGUCAAAUCCUUAUCGACAGCGUCAACGAUGUCCACAGCAAACUACCACUCCUUUGCUGUCGUAGGGGCAGGACCCACCAUCGGCAUCCCCAUCGUACGCGCCCUGCUCGCCCGCAAGGCUGCAGUCGUCGUCCUCACACGCACAGGAUCUUCAAGAGAAUUGCCAGAGGGGGCUCACGUUGUGCCAGUCGAUUAUUCGGAUGUGCAGGUCGUUACCUUGGUAUUGCAAAAAUACAACGUAGAUGUAGUCGUUUCUGCCGUCCCUUUUGAUGGCAUAUCGGCUCAGAGACCUCUAGCAGAUGCUGCUAAAGCUGCUGGCGUUAAACUCUUCAUGCCUUCAGAAUAUGGUAUGCCAACGGAAGGAAGUGAUGGGAUUUUAGGACUCAAAUCGCAUUUUGCUCUAUAUCUACGGUCUAUUGAGCUCCCAUCAGCUCGAGUUUAUACCGGUGUAUUUUAUGAGUACAUCCCUUGGCUGGCUGCUGUUCGAGAGACGGGUAAAUUCUUGAUUGCCGGAAAAGGACGCACUCCCUUCUCGUUCACCGCAAGGGAGGAUGCCGCAGGUUUCGUCGCACACAUUCUGACGACUCUCCCACCUUCCAAGCUCCAUGAUGCCACCUUUCGGAUCCAAGGCCACAGGGGCACCCUGUCCGACAUUGCCAAGCUCUACGCUCACAUAGCACCCGUCAAGUAUGUGGAUUUCAUUCCCCACGAAGUCUCGGCUGCAAGAGUGAGGGAAUAUCUUCAGAAGAAGGUCGAUUUGGGUGCUGCCAGUACGGGCUGGGAUCCUUUGACGGGUCGGGAAGGCAAGCAGCCUGCUGGGAGCUCCAAUUCCCUUUGGGAGGGUCAUCAGUGGAAGAAGGUGAAGGACGUCUUACAUCUAAAUCCCUAGAUAUACACUUCGUCUUGCCUAAAACCUCUUAGACACGAGGGAAAAAAAGCAUUCGAACACUGGAAGAUGGAAGAUAUGUUUAGGCGCCCGGUCUGAAAUUCAAAUAGGCAUUCUGACUUGCAGUAAGUAAGGUCUCUGUGACAAUAAUAUGAAGCACGUAUCGCAGCUCCUCCUAUUUCCUUAGGCCCUUACCCAGCCCACUCGGCUAGCCCAUGGUUAGGAAAUUUACAUGUAUCUUAGGUGUCUUAAUUUCAAUUGUAAGGUACGUCAUGAC